AUGCUGUUUGGCACGCGUGGAAAGAUGCGCGUUUUUUUCGCGGUCUUCGUGGUGCUAUGCUGCAUCGUUGUAGUGCAUUCGGAGAAGAUUGAGCGGCGCGAUGCGCCACUAAACUUUUCGCUCGGCCCCAAGGUCGGCGAGUCGAGCGCGGACGCGUCGAGCGCCGCGCCUGCGUCGACGAGCGACGCGGCGAGUGCCGCGCCGUCGAGUGCCGCGCCAUCGCGCGCGUCGUCGAGCGCUGCGCCCUCCUCCUCGGCGUCGUCCGCGCCGAGUGCCAAGUCGGGCGACGGCGCGGCCGUGUCGAACAAUGCCUCGGCGCCCGCCGCGUCUGCGCCGUCGUCUGCGGGUGCGCAGCCGUCGUCGUCGGUGGACUACCCCUCGAUUACGGUGCCUGAGGGCCCCGUUACCUCGGCCGCCUUUAAUGUGAUGAGCGCCCCUGCGUCGCUCGCGCCGUCCAACGCAACCAUCUCGGCCAACUACUCGCAGGCGCCGGCGCAGGCGACCGCCGCGUGGACCGGCCCCCUGCCUGCGCUGAUGAGCCAGAUGUACCGCGGCUCGAACGAGUCGCUGUCCAACCUGCCCAAGUUCUACUGGACGCUCGCCAACGCCUCGUUUAGCCAUACGCAGCUGCAGCAGAUCUGCGACCAGCAGACGCACUUUUGCGCGACAUCUGGGUGUAGCGACGGCGACGACACCAUCUCCAAGAACUUUUGCGACGUGAACAAGGGCAUGGCGACGAUGUGCACCUGCAAGACGUCCUACUCGCGCCUGCCGCAGUACCAGUGGCCGGUGCAGAUGCAAGACUGCCUCUUCCGCCUGCAGGCCUGCACCGACGCCUGCAACAACCAGCGCGCGACGCCCUUUACCCAGCGCGGGCAGUGCUCGCAGGCGUGCGCAGACCAGAUCGGCAGCUCCUGCGGCAAAGUCGAGCAGUACGGCGCGACGUACGCGGUGCAAAAGCCGGGCCAGACUCCUUCGUACCACAUUGUGAGCCAGGCCGAGGCGCAGAGCGCCGGCGCACGCACCCACGCGAACCUCGCGCUGGUCGCCGUGGUCAGCGCGCUGGCCGCCCUGUGGGUCUCAUAG